AUGGAGCUGCAGGCGGAGAACCAGAGCCAGCCGCUGAACGCCGACACGGUGAGGCUGCCGGCCAAGCUCGUCCUGGGGGUCGGGCUGGAUGUUUUCAUUUCUCUGCUCAUAUUCGGACUCAUCUUCGUCCUCGGCGUGCUCGGGAACACUUUGGUGAUCACGGUGCUGGCGCGCAGCAAGCCGGCGCAGCCCAGGAGCACCACCAACAUCUUCAUCCUGAACCUGAGCGUGGCGGAUCUGUCCUACCUGCUCUUCUGCGUCCCCUUCCAGUCCACCAUCUACAUGCUGCCCACCUGGGUGUUCGGCGCCUUCAUCUGCAAGUUCACGCACUACUUCUUCACCGUGUCCAUGCUGGUGAGCAUCUUCACCCUGUCCGCGAUGUCCGUGGACCGCUACGUGGCCAUCGUGCACGCCAGGAAGUCCUCGUCGAUCCGGGUGGGGAGGCACGCCGUGCUCGGGGUGGUGCUCAUCUGGCUGCUGUCUCUGGCGAUGGCGGCUCCGGUGGCGCACUACCAGAGCAUCGUGGAGCGGGAGGACAACAACACGUUCUGCUGGGAAGUGUGGCCGGAGCAGCAGAGGAAGGUCUACGUGAUGUGCACCUUCGUGUUCGGAUACCUGCUGCCCCUCGCCCUCAUCUCUGUGUGCUAUGCAAAGGUUUUAAACCAUCUGCACAAAAAGCUGAAGAAUAUCUCCAAAAAGUCAGAGCUGUCCAAAAAGAAGACCGCUCAGACCGUCCUGGCCGUGGUCGUGGUCUUCUGCCUGUCCUGGCUGCCUCAUCACAUCGUCCAUCUGUGGGUGGAGUUCGGCUCCUUCCCCCUCAACCAGGCCUCCUUUGUGUUCCGGGUGGCGGCUCACUGCCUGGCCUACAGCAACUCCUCCGUCAACCCCAUCAUCUACGCCUUCCUGUCCGAGAACUUCAGGAACUCCUACCGCCAGGUGUUCUGGUGCCGGGCGCCCACCGAGUGUCCGCUCAACGACACCAGGGACCUCCGCAGCCGGAUGGAGGCGGCGCCGUCCACCAACGUCAGCGCCACCUACAAAGCCCACGACUCCCAGAUCAGUAAAAUGCUUUGA